CACUGACAAUUCCAAAUGUCAACAGGUGCCAGGCGGGCGCUGCCAGCCCAGCUUUAUCUCGCCCUGAAGGGCAACCUCUAUUUUCAUUACUGGGACACAAGCCCUUGCCGGCAGCAGCAGCUUGCUCCUGCAGCUAAUCAAGUGAUUUUCAGACGAGCUUUGACUUCAAGUGUUUUGAGCCUGGCUAACAUCCCAUUGACUCCAGAGACCCAGCGGGACCAGGAGCGGCGGAUACGCAGGGAGAUAGCGAACAGCAACGAGCGAAGGCGGAUGCAGAGCAUCAAUGCCGGCUUCCAGUCUCUGAAAACCCUCAUUCCACACACAGAUGGGGAGAAGCUUAGUAAGGCGGCGAUUCUCCAGCAAACAGCUGAAUACAUUUUCUCACUGGAGCAGGAGAAGACUCGGUUACUGCAGCAGAACACACAGCUCAAGAGGUUCAUUCAGGAGUUCAGCGGCUCCUCCCCUAAGCGGCGGCGGGCAGAAGACAAGGAUGAGGGCAUCGGCUCGCCAGACAUCUGGGAGGAUGAGAAGGCAGAGGAUCUGCGCCGAGAAAUGAUUGAGCUCCGGCAGCAGCUAGACAAGGAGCGCUCAGUCCGCAUGAUGUUGGAAGAGCAGGUGCGGACCCUGGAGGCCCACAUGUACCCUGAGAAGUUGAAGGUGAUUGCCCAGCAAGUGCAGCUCCAGCAGCAGCAGGAACAGGUGAGGUUGCUGCACCAGGAGAAGCUGGAACGGGAGCAGCAGAUCCGAACUCAACUGCUGCCAGCACAUGGUCCCCCAGCACCCACCCAUCAUCCCACUGUGAUUGUACCAGCUCCUCCUCCUUCCCAUCACGUUACCGUGGUAACCAUGGGUCCAUCCUCUGUAAUCAACACGGUCUCUACAUCCAGGCAAAACCUGGACACCAUUGUUCAGGCAAUCCAGCACAUUGAAGGGACACAGGAGAAGCAGCUGCUGGAGGAGGAGCAGAGGCGCGCGGUCAUUGUGACACCCGUCCGGGUGUGCCCGGAGCCCUCCAACUCCGACACUGCCUCUGACACAGAGGGUGAUGACAGUGACGCCAUGGAUCAGAGCAAGGAAGAUGUCUCGGGGGAGGGGGAACUGCCCUGACACCCCCCCCCAGCCAACAGCUGGGAAUGGGGGCAGGGGAGGGGAAUGUCAGAGGAUAUGCUGAAAUUUUUACAAAAUACAAUGAAAUUUGGGUCUCUUUUAUGACCUUUUCCAAUACUGUAAAUCAGAGCGCUAGAACCAGACAAACCGAAUGGUCACUCUUCAGUUCAAAGCAAAUGGGGGUGAGGGUGGGGGAGGGAGGUAGGGAGGAGGGGUGCAGUGUUAAUGGGUCAGCACUAAGGGGCAGUGUUAACUAGCAAAGGGCCAAAACUGGAACCCGGGAUCUGAGCCCAGAGGAACUGCUGAGGAUUUGGAUAAUGGGGCUCCUGGCUCCAGAUCACCCGUUGUUUUGUAAAACUGACCCCCUACCUACAGCGAGUCUCACAAAACCAAACCAGCCUCGGUUUAAUCCACCACUGGUGUGGCCAAGUGAUCUCCAGCAGGGGGCUUGGCAGCAUCCGUGGACCAGCCUGAGUAAUUGUCUCUGUUUGUUGAUAGUUUUUGUUAUUUUUAAAAAAAGGAGGGAAAAAAAACAAACCUUAAAGGGACACUGUUAGCUGAAGUCACACUGCGCACAGCGCAUAGUCUCCACCCCUCUUCUGAGCUCCCAGUCCAACUCGCAGGGAGCAGAGAGGAAAGUGUCAGGCUGCUCAGGCAGGAUGACAGUGUGCCUGGUGGGUGUGUAGUCAGUUUUGCUACUUUUGCAACCCCUUUGCCAGUUUCCCCAUGUUUGAACCCAGAUGGCAAUGGGAAGAGAGAGACUUUAGAAAGCCAAAGUGGGGGCUGGGGAUUGUAAAAGCAGCAGAGUGGUCAGGGGUCCCAGGGGCAGGAGCGCGCCCUCACUUUGAAAAGGAAACAUUGAUUUUUAAAUUUGGUCGUGUUCCUUUACUUUUAAAAUACAAAAAAUCCUGAUAAAUCCACAGCCAUCCCAGCCCCCACAGUGGGAGCUGCCCAACCCAACAAUAUCUGCUUCACAUUCUUUAUUUUCUCUUUUGUUUCUUCCUGUAAGCACUUAAUCCAUUGUGUGGGGUCUGACAGGUCAGAAGAACUCUUCUGUUUUGUGAUUGUGUUGCUUCCAUUUUUUUUGGUUGUUUUUUUUUUUUUUUUUAUUUCCCUGUCUCCCCUCCAUGCCCCUCCCUGUUUGGCUGUAGGUUUAGGCCAGUGUUGUGUAGAACCUUGUCGGUAUUUGGUAGGUUCCUCCCCAGCCGCAGAUGUCUCUGUUUCUUUCAUUUUUGUAUUUUUUUUGUUUUUGUUUUUUUACGAUUUUUCAGGUCUCUGUGUUCAUUGAGAAGCUAUUAUAUUUUGUUAAGAAAGUGGAAAAAAAAAUGAGGCUUGUGCCUUUGUAAAGAAACAAAAUAAAGUUUGUACUUUGUUUUUUAGAAUUUCUGCCUGGCAUCUGUCUGUGGAGUCCCAUGCCAGGCAGCAGCAGGGCUAUGGCCUGUGUAACUGGAGGGGGAGUGGGCUGGGAUCCUGGGGCUGCUCUUGAGAUGUCUGCAAUAUCUUUGAGUUUGUCUUCAGACCCAGGAGUGCUGGUGAGAACACCCCAUCCAUUUUGCUUCUGCUUGGAUUUGCCAAAUCCAGAAAUGAGGGGAUGUAGCCAGCUCUGGCCCCAAGCUAGAGCGAGAGGAGGUGUUCAUACGGCCUCUGCAGCAACCCUGAGAGAGUCACCAAGAAAUGGGUGCUGCCUUUCCACCAUCUCCAUGUUCUUGGCCAAACUGGCAGGCAGCACAGAAGUGUCCUGAGUGCAAGCUCCAGCAUGCACUUGAGCUCUGUCUCGGCCUCAGUGGCACUGGGGUGAAUGCUCAGGGCUGUUCCUGAGCUAUUCUUGCUGCCUCAUUUAUGAACUUUGGCAUGUGCAGAGUAGGUGCAAGGGGGAAGGGCUUGUUUUCUCAGUUCUGUUCCUGGGUUCACUCCACAGGCUGAAGAGCAGCUUUCUGGACUGCUGUAAGCGCUUGGAGUUGGCGCACACAGAGGCAGGGCGUGGGUGGCCUAUAGUACAGCAGCAGGGCACUGUGUACCCCACAGGUGGUGUUGAUGUGCUCUUAGACACCAGCUGUAUCCCAUGAGUUGGAUCUGGCAACUUUACUGCAUUUGCUGUCCAUGCAGAACCUAUUUCCAUUAAACAAGAGUGUCUACCUCUGACAGUCGCCAAGAAAAUCUCUGUGGUGUGAAUAGGUUGUGCUGUGCCAGCUCCCUGGACCAGUAGCUGUGGGAGCUAAUUCUGCAGUUCUCGCUCCAUGUGGCACUUAUUGCUGAAAGAAACUGAUUGUGUUAGUGCAUGGGAUGGGGAGGAUUUGAAAAAUGCAAAGAGAAGGUCUGUCCCGUACUUGGUGGCAGCUGUCCCAAAAGCACCCUUUAUUAUACUGUAUUGUACCCACUAGCUGAGUACAGCAGCCCAGCUCUGCCACAAAUAGGGAUUGUCUAAAUUUAUACCCUGGUUCAUGAGCCACAAUGACAAGGUUGUGGUUUUAACCCUCUGUCACCUUCUGUAGCAGGGAGUGAUGGAGACAUGAGGCUGGACACUGCUCAGUAGAUGAACCAAAGCUUGCUUUGGGGGGGUCCAUCAGACUGCAUGUGGAAUGCUGGUAACAUACUCUUUGAGCUGAUGCUGGUGUCCACACGGUGCUUGGAGGGCAACCCAGUUGCCCUCCGGGUCACGGCUAAGAAAACUGCCAGUUCCUGUGGCUUUGGUCUUCACGUUCAGCCUCUCAAAAAUAAGGGCCCAAAGUGAACCUCUGGGCUUGCAGGCACUCGGAUCUCUAGUAGCACUUGCUCAUGGCAACUCAGCAGCCAUACUUAUGAAUUUCAAGCUCCCUCAUGAGCACCAAAGCUACUCAAUCUGUCUGAGCCAUUGUGUGCUAGUGACGUAUGGACUAAGCCCAGGACUGCAAUUGUUCUGCACACCCCUACGCACAUCCUGCUGCUCCACUCUCCCAAGUGCCAUCUUUGUUCCUGGAUCCUGUGGGAUGUCAAAUAAGCAGUAUCUUGAAUUGCCCAGAAAGGGGGCCCUUGUAGAUGGCAGUUACAGGUUACUUACUCUAAUUGUUGUUCAGUAAAAAAACAACCUUCCUUCUAGGACUUUGUCUUGCUCCUGUCACCAUAGGCUUUUCCACAUGCAGUAGUUGCAAUAGCACAACCCCUGGGCUGCUUCCCUUCCUGAGCUAGGGAUAGUCUCUGUGGAAGAAAUCAUCCCAUGGAUAGCAUGGGGUUGGGGGAGGAGAAGAGCGUGGAUGAUGCCAUGAAUAUUCCUUUAGUUACAGUGUAAGAGGCCAAUCAAUGGGGAAGCUUUGUACUAUUUUCUGAAGGGAAUUGGAGCCCACAUUCAUCUCAUCAUCUUCAGAAGUCCAGUUAGCCUGGCCAGCCUUAGAAAGGCUCAAAUGCUGCCUUGACAGGUUUUUUGAGCUGCAUUAACUCAGUUUGCACAUCUGUUUCCAUGAUACUUUGGUUGGUUAAAAGCCCAGCAGUGGGAUAUGGCAGAAAUCUCAGGCCUUUACCAUAGACAUUGAGGCAGUAGAAAUGAGCCCCAUGAAAGUAGUGGUUUAGGUUUCUGUUAUGGUACUGAAAAUGAGUGCUAUUAGGGCAAUGGGUGUCCUCCAUCCACUGAUGGCAAAAUCUACUGCUGGCAAAGCUCAAUGAAAGUAAUAAUCCUGACAAAGACGCUGGGCAGCUCCACUGCAGGCAGCCACUGCUGAACUCGUUUCCCUAAGUGCCUUCUUCCCUCCAGGCAGACAAGGUCUUUGGGUGCCAACUAUUUAACCUUGCAAAAAGCCUUGUCUGCCUAUGUCCUGAAACCAGGGGUGGGCAAAAUGCGGCUCAGGGGCCGGAUGUGGCCCGCCAGGCCAUUCUAUCUGGCCCGCAGGGCCCCUAAAAAAUUUAG